AUGCCUACAGAAUCAACAUACCCCAAAUUAGAUAUCCCACAGGUGGAUAUUUGGGAGUUUCUCUUCGAAAGGAAAGAUAGAAAGUUUCCAGAUGAUAAAGCAAUCUAUACGGAUGCUGAGACUUCACGGUCAUAUACCUAUAAGCAACUGCGAGAUACUGCGAUAGCGUUUGGGACAGGACUGAAAGCCGUCUGGGAAUGGAAGAAAGGCGAUGUGCUUGCGCUAUAUACACCUAAUUGUGUUGAUACCCCCGCGAUCCUAUGGGGUACGCAUUGGGCGGGUGGAAUAGUCUCUCCUGCGAACCCCGGAUAUACUGUCGAUGAAUUGAGCUUUCAAUUAAAAGAUUCCGGAGCCAAAGGGAUUGUUACGCAGAAGCCUUUUCUAAAGGAAGCACAAGCUGCGGCUAAAAACGCUGGCAUACCUGAAGAUAGGAUAAUUUUGGUGGGCGAUGGGCGGGAUGAGACACACAAGUUUAAGCACUUUACAAAUGUGCGGAAUCUGGCGGGCACAUCAAGAUAUAGGAGGACAAAGAGUAAGUCAGAGGAUUUAGCAUUUUUGGUUUAUAGCAGUGGGACGACCGGACACCCGAAAGGAGUCAUGCUCUCGCAUGGGAAUAUCGUGGCAAAUACUGCCAUGGCAAAUUCAGCUGAAGGAGUCCACUUACAUUGGAAUGGUGGUAAGGAUGGCAAAGGUGACAAGGUUAUGGCCGUUCUCCCCUUCUUCCACAUCUAUGGCUUGACAUGCAUUAUUCACUUUUCGCUUUACAAAGGUCUCGAGUGUAUCAUAAUGGAAAAAUUCGAGUUGGAGAAGUUCUGUCAAACGAUUCAAGAAGUUGGGGCAACAUUUGCUUAUGUGGUACCUCCUAUUGUCCUCAUGCUUGGAAAGAGUCCCAUUGUUUCGAAAUACGAUCUAUCGACUAUUAGGAUGAUGAAUUCCGGUGCGGCACCACUGACCCGCGAACUUGUUGAUGCUGUAUAUGCCCGUCUCAAGAUACCUAUCAAGCAAGGUUAUGGCCUCAGCGAAACAAGUCCUACCACUCAUACCCAACCUUGGGAGGACUGGAAUAAAUUUCCAGGUUCAGUCGGACGAUUACUCCCAAAUCAGGUUGCGAAAUAUAUGAACGCUGAAGGAAAAGAAGUUCCAGCAGGGCAAACUGGUGAACUUUGGAUCAAGGGACCCAACGUUUUCCAGGGCUAUCUUAAUAAUGCCGAAGGCACAAAGAAUGCGCUGACAGAUGAUGGAUAUUUCAAAACUGGUGAUGUUGGACACCAGGACGAAGACGGCAACUUCUACAUAACGGAUCGAGUUAAGGAACUGAUCAAAUACAAAGGUUUUCAAGUACCACCCGCAGAGCUGGAAGGUCUCCUUAUUUCUCACGAAGAUAUAGAUGAUGUUGCAGUAAUUGGCAUCUAUAAUGAAGAACAAGCAACAGAAGUCCCACGAGCCUAUGUGGUUCCAAAGAAAGGAGUUUCGGGCGAUAUGGACGAGGAAAAGAAGAUCAUGGCGUGGUUGCAAGCGAAGGUAGCGAGUCAUAAAAGAUUGAGAGGAGGAGUUAAGUUCGUGGAUGUGAUUCCAAAGAGUCCAAGUGGAAAGAUUUUGAGGAGACUUUUGAAAGAUCAGGCGAACAAGGAGGGGGCGAAAGCGAAGUUGUAG